AUGGAUAUUCUAAAGGCUCGCCAUGACUCUCCUGUUGAGGGUCAUCAUAGUGAAAACUGGAGUUCAGCGAAAGUGCUUGAAUGUGGGUACUACUGGCCAACACUUUAUCAUGAUGCUAGCUUGAUGGUGAAAUCCUGUGAUGAAUUCCAACGACAUAAGGCAAUCUUUAGGAGGCAUGAGAUGCCUAUGAAGUAUGUUAUGGAAGUUGAACUCUUUGAUAUGUGGGGUUUCGACUUCAUGGGGCAUUUUAUCAGUUCUGGUGGCAUGAUAUACAAUCUGGUGGCUGUGGAUUAUGUCUCAAAGUGGGUAGAAGCAGUGACUUUACCCAAAAAUGAAGGGAAGAGUGUCGUUAAAUCUCUCAAGUAG